GCUUCCGGUGUCAUGGCCGCCCGCCCGCAUGGAGGCCUUUCGGACGCCUCUGCCGCCGCCGCCGCCGCCGCCGCCGCCGAGGAGGGAAAGCGACCCCCGUUCGGGACGCGGGUCCUGGACAACGCCGACAGCCUUUUCCACUACAACGCCUGGGAUAACGUGGAAUGGUCGAGAGAACAGGAAGCAGCUGCCAGGAAGAAAGUCCAGGAAAACAGCGCCAAACUAGUGCCUCCAGAGAAAAAAGCCGACUAUGAAGUCAACGCCCAUGAAUACUGGAAUGGCUUCUACAAAAUUCACGAAAAUCGCUUUUUCAAAGAUCGGCAUUGGCUUUUCACUGAAUUUCCCGAACUGGCCCCUCGACCCACUGCAAAGACCCCCGAGAGCCUGGUGCCCGAGGCCGGCGGCGGCGAAACGCUCCGAGCCUCUGGAAGCUGUGGGGAUGCCUUCGGUCUCCCAGUGUCGGAUUCCCGGGCCUCCCGGGCAGAUGGGAUAGCUCAGAAACUCAGUCACCUGAAGAUGAGUGCUGACGACUUUCCGGGAGCUUCUGCCACAUACCGGAUAUUAGAGGUUGGCUGUGGUGUUGGAAAUACAGUUUUUCCAAUUUUACAAACAAACAAUGACCCGGGGCUUUUUGUUUAUUGCUGCGACUUUUCCACUACAGCUGUGGACCUUGUCCAGGCAAAUUCCGAGUACGAUCCUUCCCGCUGUUUCGCCUUCGUUCACGACCUGUGUGAUGAGCACAAGAGUUACCCCAUGCCCGAAGGGAGUCUGGAUAUCAUCAUCCUGGUCUUCGUCCUCUCUGCCGUUGAUCCCGACAAGAUGCAGAAUGCCAUCACCAGGCUAAGCUGCCUUCUGAAGCCCGGGGGGCGGAUUCUUCUCCGAGACUACGGCCGAUACGACAUGGCCCAGCUUCGCUUUAAGACAGGGCGUUGCCUUUCGGAAAACUUUUACGUGAGAGGGGAUGGAACCAGAGUUUACUUCUUCACCCAAGAUGAGCUGCACGGCCUGUUCUCUUCCGCUGGACUGGAGAAGGUUCAGAACGUGGUGGACAGCCGGCUCCAAGUGAACCGAGGGAGGCAGCUGACCAUGUACCGCAUCUGGAUUCAGUGCAGAUACCGCAAGCCCCUUCCCUCUAGUCCCAGCUGAAGGGCCGGCCCCUCAGGAAGGAGAGCCCGGCCUUGGCCCCGGGCGGGCUGGGAGACCGACGCCCCAGUAGAAGGUGCUGCGGGUACCUCUCGGGCCUCUUUAUGGGAUCAGAAGCCCUGCGUCGACAUCAGCAAUUGGGCCGGGGCCAGGUUGAAGUGUUGUUUUAAGGAUCCGAAGACUUGAAUAAUGUAUGGUGGGUUUUUUUGUUUGUCGUCGUUUCUGUUUUGUGGUUGGUGUUUUUUUUUAAUCCGAAAUUAAUCUUUUGUCAUUUCUCUUGCA